AUAUCCUCCCGGCUUCCUUUAAGAGGCCCCAGCACACAGCCUGGAAACCAAACCAAGCAGUGCUGUUUGCAAGCGCUUUGCUGCUCGCCGCUUCCAAUCCAGGCAGAGUUUGCAAGAGAAGUGACUAAAAAAAGCUCCGGGAGCAGCAAUGGGGAAGAACUAGUUCCAGUAGGAGGGGAGAUGUGACUUGCGAAGAGUUGGGGAAGAAAGCACUUCCCAUUGUAACAGGGUUUUUCAGUUGCAAACCCCAAAAUACUUUACCAAGAAAGCUCCUUUAAUGUAUUUAUUGCAGUUUUUACUUCCCUGUAAUAGAAGAGUGUGAUACUCUGGGCUCCCAUAACUAUCUUAAAAUACACAUAUCAUUUAUAAACAGACCAAAGAUCAAAUGAUAUAACCCAGUGACAGCAUAGGUAAUAACAUGAAAUUAAUUUACCUGCCCAGAAUCUCCACCACUGCUAGCGAUCCCUCAUCCUCUUAUGGGCAAGAUAGGUCUUCCAGCGUGGUUUGAAGGCUGAUAAAUUCAGGCUAUUAUAGACCCGGUUUCCAAAGGCUCAGGGCCCAAGGCUCUGCGAUGAAACAGACAGAACCAUCAAAGGCAGAAGGAGCCGUGUCGGUUUCAGACCCACCUGCCAUCCCUCAGCCCUGAGCAAGGCCAGGAAGAGGAGCCUUCCCCAACCCAGCGCCCUGGGCUGCUUUGAGCUCCCUGCGCAGGUUACCACAAAAGGAAAGAGCAUCUCCAGGGGAAGUUGAAGAGCUGUGGAGCGGGUCAUUUCUCUGCAGGCCCUCGGCACCAUCACGGAUCGGCCACUCAGCCAGACUCUGCCGGCCAUCCAGCUCUGGCUCUGGGUCUGUUCGGUCAGGACAACCGUUAUCUGGACUGGCAGCCACCCGCUCUGCCUGCCCCUUGCUGUCAGGAUGGAGGGGGCUCUACGGCCUUCUUGUCUCUUGCUUCUGCUGGUUUUACAGCGUGGCGGAUGUAAAGAAAUGGAAGUGGCUGCAAUUGCAGGGGAUUCUGUCCAGUUACAACCAGUGAAAUUGCCGGAGCCUUGGGCAGGAAUCACCUGGAAGGUCACACUAGACUCAGCAGAGACGUAUCGGAUUGUAACAUUUAAUAAAGGGGAACCCCCUGACCUUGGGUCAUCCCCACAUUUUAUCAACACAGUCGCUUUCCACCCUGAGAACCUCUCACUGCAGAUCGAUCCCGUUAAGAAGUCAGACAGUGGCCUCUAUACCUUGGAAGUUGACCCUGGAGGAGGCCGAGUUAACAUCACAAAGUUCCAUGUCUCUGUGUUAGACCGAGUCUGGCAGCCAAACCUCACGGUGCUCUCUGCCCACCAGGAGCUCGGCCAGUGCUACGUUACCCUGUCCUGCUCGGUGCCUGGCGCUGAAAGAGUCACCUUCAGCUGGUCCCAAGGCACGUCCCGGAUCCCAUCUGACAGGGACCAUCAGCUCCUUGGGCACCAAUCCCUGCUGCACGUAGUGAUUAAUGCAGACAGCAGUGACGCCAUCUACCGAUGUAAUGCUAGUAACCGAGCCAGCUGGGAUGCAGACACCGUAGAUGUCAAACCGUUGUGCGACUCCCCAGCCACAGGUAGAUAUUCCUCAGUAUAAACAAACUUGAAGCCU